AUGGCGCAGUCGACAGCCAAAUACGAGGCUAUUCCUCAAUCCGACGAGGUUGAGCAGGUCAGGGACGACCAUCCUGCUCCAGAUCCACGCUUUGAGCAGCCCACUCCCUCUCCGUGGAAGCGCGCUGGCCUCCUCUUUCUGAUUGCGUUCUUGUUUUGGCUCACGUACUGGUUGCGGACGUCUUACCAACCACCGAAGGUCGUUCAUGCGAAUAGGUAUUCUAAGGAGUACAAAUUCCGUCCUGCUGCCAGCCCUAUUAUCACCGAGCGCUUGAAGGACGGUCGCACUCGCCUGCGGGGCGCGCAGCCAACUGUCUAUGGGAUAAACUAG